GUCCGGAGGUGUCCGCGGGCGGGGCGGCACGUACGGCGUGCGUGGUCGUCGCGCCACUCGACAUUGCAUUGUGUUUACUAUGCACAUCAUUGUUUAAAACCGUUCUUAUCAAAUCAAUACGAUUUAGGAGUGAUAUAACACGGCCUACGCUUCGUUUAAAGCGAGAUAACGACUAGUGUUCGAACAAAUUAGUGACAAUAAAGCAUUUUAUCUACAGCUACUUGCUGGUGGCUUAUUGACAAGUGAAAUUCAUAAUCGGCCCAUUCAUAGGAGGAAUCGGUCCGAGAGUUUGUUAUUGGAUUUUUACUUGUGUAAGUGAUCUUUGUGGUGAAGCAAAGGAUGCAAAUCAAUAAUCAAGUGGAAACCCAGCUGCGAACCGAGAGCUCGUGCUGUGCGGUUUAAUACUCACUUGCAUAUUGAUUGUCACUGGAUCUGGAUAUUGUCGACAAAAUAACUACGUUAUACAACUCACAAACACAUACUUGAAGUGGUAUAUUGAAGACUGAAGUUCAUCUGGCCUUACUUAACGCAGUUUAUUAUUGACACUCGGUGAGUUCCUGUUCUCUUCGUGAUGUUGCGACCCGACGAGAGCGUGAGAUAGCCGCCUCGUGCGGCGGCGCAGCAUGGGUGCGAACAUGGGCAAGAACUCGAGCCUGCUCGACGCGCUGCCUUCCGCGCAAGGCACGCUGCACGUCGUCAUGCUAGGCCUCGACUCCGCCGGCAAGACCACUGCGCUCUACCGUCUCAAGUUCGACCAGUACCUCAACACGGUGCCAACUAUCGGCUUUAACUGCGAAAAGGUUAAAGGCACCAUAGGAAAGUCUAAAGGAGUAAAUUUCCUCGUCUGGGACGUCGGAGGCCAGGAGAAACUCCGACCGCUGUGGAAGUCGUACACGCGAUGCACGGACGGCAUUAUAUUCGUGCUCGACUCGGUCGACGUAGAGCGUAUGGAGGAAGCCAAAAUGGAGCUGAUACGGACGGCGAAGUCGCCGGACAACACGGGUGUGCCGAUCUUAGUGUUGGCGAACAAGCAGGACCUGCCGGGGGCGAAAGAGCCACGAGAGCUGGAGAAGUUGCUGGGGCUGCAGGAGCUGGUGGCGUCGCCGCACGGCUCGCGCGACGCGCACACCUGGCACGUGCAGCCCGCCUGCGCCAUCACCGGCGAGGGCCUGCACGAAGGCCUCGACGCCCUCUACGAGAUGAUACUCAAGAGGAGAAAACUCGCUAAGCUACAGAAGAAACGCGUCAGAUAAACUGGCCACGCGAAACUUAUGGCUACGAUUAUCAAUGUUGUGAUGUACAAUGUUAAGAUAAUGCUCAUCGUGUAGAUAUUAUUUGAUAUGUCCGAUGUGUAACACCAAAUAUUGUUUUUACUGUAGAUAUGAAGGAACGUCUUAUGAAAAUAUUCCAUCACAAUGUUGCUCAAGUAUAUUGAACAUUUUGAAGGAAACGAAUAUUUUGAUAAAACUAUAACUACUAGUCAUUUUCUUUUGAAAAUAGCUAGGCGGAGAAAACGAAAUAAAUUAAUAUAAUACUGUCAGUCGGUCUACUAGAUAACGGCCACGGUUUUACAACCGAACGAAGGAAUCUUGACAUCUAUGAUUGUGUACCUUUCAGAAUAUUAAUACAUGCCUGAGAUUUAGUACAGAAUAUUUUUCAUCGCCAUUUUAUUGCUUCGCGUUUAUAUUUAAAUCGUAAUUAAAUUGAUCCCCUUUUAAUUCAAGACGAGUUCAUCAAGAAAUUCGAUAUACAUUGAUCCAUGAUUGAUUACACAGACGAGCUGCAGACCUUGAAUUAAAUAUAUCUAUAGUGCAAUAUUUAUAAAUAGUUGUUACACGUAAUCUCUAGAAAACAUAGGUUUUUUCCCUAUUACAGCUUUUCAGCAAAUAACUCUUGAAUUCUUGAUCCUUUCGAUCCCAAAAUGAUAUGAUCUUCCAGUAGUACAGCUCAGCCACCUAGUUGCGAAUAUAGCGGAAACAUGAAAAGGGCGAUCAAGCGAUACGCGGUACCUACUACAAGAAUAUAUAACUGUCAAGACCGUAAGGGCUUUGAACUCUUUGAAUUUUCACUGUUUUCGUGUAGACAUAAUUAUUAUUAAUAUAAUUAUUCAUUAUCAUGGAAAUGAGAUGUUUGUGUAUAACUUUUUAAAAGAGGCUUUUAAUGUUUCUGUGUCGAGAGUCUUCUCUAUGUAUAUAUGAUGUAAAUAAACGAAUUUGGAGGAUAAUAUAUAACGAAAUUUACAUGAGUAGAUAAGUAUUGCGUUGUAAAAUAAGCAUUUUAACGUUUGCGCAUUUAGUUUAAGGAACGUCUAAAUAAAUUAUGUUAAUACAUUUGGCCUGUUUUGUAACUUGUAGCUACGUCGACCCACCGGCCGAAUUUUUGUAUCUCGAGUUAACGUUAAGUGACUAUCUUGUGGACCUUGUCAUAAAGCACAAUUUUUACAUUGUAGGUCAUUGUGCUGCAUGGCCAUUGCUUCUUGAGCACACAUAAUUUACUACAAUUUUUUUCCAAAAGCAACUGCUGUGAAAGAAAAUUACGCAAAACACACGGAUUUAAUUUCAAUUUAAGAGUCUUAAUAUACCAGAAUUAAGACACCACCGCGAUAUUGUUUGUCGCCCUACGUAACAUGUUCUUGGACUCAUUGCAUCAACCAGCGUUAGCAUAAAUGUAGUCUAAAAUUAGCGCAUAUCAGCAUUGUCAGCUCUAUUUAGUAUUUAUAAAAACCGCAGUUUUGGCUAUCACACAGCCAUUCAACAUUUCUGGGUCGACAAGGAUCGCUGGUCACAAGAUAAUUCAUCAAUUCAUCACCUGCUUGAGCCAGGAAUGUAACGCCAAUAAAUUGUCAGAUGACAAUUGCCGACCUGGUGAAAUACGGGUCUGGUUUGCUGCUUUGUGUACACUGGCUAUUUGGAGGCAAGUGAAGGAGAAAUAUCUAUACCUCGGUCUUCGGUCAUAUAAAAGCUUUAAUCAUGUUUAACUUUACAUAUUGUAUCAUUUUUCGCCGGUGUAGUGUAUCCUGCUAACCUAACAAACGCAAAAUUGAAGGGAUGUUUACAAAAACAACAUAACUGACUACAACUGACACCUGAAACGAUUAACAGUGUUCUUAAAAAAGUGUCAACCGCUCUAAGCAGUUAUGUUGUUUUUGUAAACAUCCCUUCAAUUGAUAGUAAUGUUAUGUUAAACAACUUACGCUGCUUAGUAAGCAAUUAUUAUAAGUAAUUUAAUUUAUUUAUGGAGUGAUUCAUAUUAAGGUUAACAUAACAAUUAGUUUAGGUCUUGCGGAUUGCAUUGAUGUAAAGCUUUUACCAAGUUUGUUUAGUCAUCAUUGUAAAUAUGUAAAUUCCAAGUAGUUAUUCGUCAAUACCAAGAAACCAAACAUUUUUAUGAGUAGGUAAUGUACAUUUUGUUAUUUAAAGUGAUUUGUUUUAUUAUACAUAUUAUCUAUCUAUAUUAUAUCCAAUUGUAUUUUGUUUGAUGGUGGAAUUAAUAGGCUAUAAUUAUGUAGGUUGUUUUCGUAUUGAUUCCCCGUAAAUAAAAUCUGUUUUCAAUAAA